GCGGGCAGCCGGCUCUGCUGGGUCGUUCCUCGGGACCGCCCCGCCGCCGCACGGCUCCUCUGAUUGGACGUGGCUGCGCCCGGCCGGCCAAUAGCGCGGCGGCGGCAGGUUCCCGGAAGUGGCGGCGCGGCGGGGCCAGACCUCAGCUUCCGCGAGCGGUGUGGGGAUCGGUCAGCCGUGCUGUGCCGGCGCUAUGAGUUCCUUCAUGGGGCAGAUGGCCGAGUAUCCAACCAUCUCCAUAGACCGCUUCGACAGGGAGAACCUGAAGGCCCGCGCCUACUUCCUGUCCCACUGCCACAAGGAUCACAUGAAAGGAUUAAGAGCCCCUACCUUGAAAAGAAGGUUAGAGUGCAGCUUGAAGGUUUGCUUAUACUGUUCACCUGUUACUAAAGAGUUGUUGUUAACUAGCCCAAAGUACAGAUUUUGGGAGAAACGAAUCAUAUCCAUUGAAAUUGAAACUCCUACCCAGAUACCUUUAGUCGAUGAAGCGUCAGGUGAGAAGGAAGAGAUUGUUGUGACUCUCCUACCAGCUGGUCAUUGUCCAGGAUCAGUUAUGUUUUUAUUUCAGGGCAAUAAUGGAACAGUCUUGUACACGGGAGACUUCAGAUUGGCGAAGGGAGAAGCCGCCAGAAUGGAGCUUCUGCACUCUGGGGGCAGAGUGAAAGACAUCCAAAGUGUAUACUUAGAUACUACUUUCUGUGAUCCAAAAUUUUAUCAAAUUCCUAGUCGAGAGGAGUGUCUGAGUGGAAUAGUAGAGCUGGUUCGAAGCUGGAUCACUCGGAGUCCAUACCAUGUCGUGUGGCUGAACUGCAAAGCAGCUUACGGGUAUGAGUACCUAUUCACCAACCUUAGUGAAGAAUUUGGAGUCCAGAUUCAUGUGGACAAACUAGACAUGUUUAGAAACAUGCCGGACAUUCUUCAUCAUCUCACAACAGACCGCAGCACUCAGAUCCAUGCCUGUCGCCAUCCGAAGGCAGAGGAAUAUUUUCAUUGGAAUAAAUUACCUUGUGGAAUUAUUUCCAAAAAUAGAAUUCCACUCCACACAAUCAGCAUUAAGCCAUCCACUAUGUGGUUUGGAGAAAGAACCAGAAAAACAAAUGUAAUUGUGAGGACUGGAGAGAGUUCAUACAGAGCUUGUUUUUCUUUUCAUUCUUCCUACAGUGAGAUUAAAGAUUUCCUGAGCCACAUCUCUCCUGUGAACGUGUAUCCAAAUGUCAUUCCAAUAGGCACAACUAUGGAUAAGGUUGUAGAAAUCUUAAAGCCUUUAUGCCGAUCUUCCCAAAGUACUGAGCCAAAGUAUAAACCACUUGGAAAAUUGAAGAGAGCCAGAAAAACUCACUUACACUCAGAGGAGGAAGAUGACCUCUUUGAUGAUCCCGUGCCGUUACCGUUAAGGCACAAGGCUCCAUACCAGCUAACUCUUCACCCUGACGUAUUUGUAAUGACUGCAACAUCACAAAGCCAGCCUGAACAACAGAGGCAAAGCACAGGCUACCUCAAAGCAGAGAGUAUGCAAACCUUUCCUUGGGCAAACUUUAUAGAUUGUGAAGAAUCUAACAGCGAAAGUGAAGAAGAAUUACAAACCCCAGCUUCAUCUCAAGAAGACGUGGGUGCUGUCACACACCACCAGCAAAAGGCUGAUGGAGAAGUACCACGGUGGGAAGUAUUCUUUAAAAGAAAUGAUGAAAUCACAGAUGACGGUUUAGAAAACCCCCCUUCUUCCACAGAGGCAGGGGGCUCUCAGUCACCAAAGAUUUUUAGUGACUCUGAUGGGGAAUCAACUCACAUCUCUUCCCAGAAUUCUUCUCAGUCAACACACAUAUCUGAACAAGGGAGUCAAGGCUGGGACAGCCAAUCGGACACUGUUUUGUUAUCAUCCCAAGAGAGAAAGAGUGGGGAUAUUACCUCCUUAAACAAAGGGAGCUACAGACCAAGAAUCAAAGAGAAUACUCCUGCCUCUCAGAUGGAACAAAAUGUACUUUGUCCAAAGGAUACUUACUCUGACUUGAAACACAGAGAUCAAGAUGGAAAGAUGGUUCCCAGUGUUGGAGAACCAACUACUCUAAGCAGUGGGAAACACAUACCUCAGGAGAAAAGACUGUUAGAUCUUAGCACCAAUGCAGGUUCCCAGAGCUCCUCAGAGUUUGAAAUUCCCUCAACACCAGAAGCUGAGCUACCUAAAGAAGAGCAUUUACAUUAUUUAUAUGAGAAGCUGGCAAGAGGUGAGAAUAUAGUCAUUGAAAAAAGAAAAAGCUCACUCUUAGAUACUUAAAAACUAAAAGCCUUGCAUUCUAGAGCAACCAUUAAAAACCCUAUGCAAAGAGGUAAGAGUCCAAAUCAUAACAGACACAUCAGAGUGGAGUACUUAAAAAUGGUCCUGUAACCUAAAACAGGGCAGUAAAAGGGAAGCAGAGAACAAAAAAUAGUGGUGAAAAACAGAAAAGAUAUGGUAACUAAGUCCAGACAUCAAUAAUUACAUUAAGUGAAAAUGGUCAGAACACACCAAUGAAAAUAUAGUGAAAAAACAACCCUCCUAGAUGCAGUCUCUAAGAAACUCACUGCAAAUGAUGCAGGGAGGUUAAAAGUAAAGGAUGGGAAAAGGUAUCUAAAUACUACUUAAAAGAAAGCUAGAGUGACUAUAUUAAUAUCAAACAAAUUUCUAAUGAUAAAAAGUCCAGUUCACUAAGACACAAUGCUAAAUGUAUAUGUACCUAAAAACAGCUUCAAAAUAUACAAAGCAAAAACCAAGGAGAAAGACAAACUCAUGCACAACUCUAGCUGGAGACUCUACCAUUCCUCUAUUAGUAAUAGAAUUAGCAUACAGAAAGUGAGCAAGGAUAUAGAACUGAAUAAUAGUACCACUGACUAACUGGAUCUAAUUGACACAGAACACUCCUCCCAGCAACAGAAGUGCCUAUGGCACAUUCACAAUAGACUGUAUCCUGCAGGAUCAUAAAAACACUUCAAGAAGUCAGCCCCUUACAUAUCUCAAAAGAUAUAUCACUUAAGAAUGCUGGUGUGAAUACGAAGACAAAUUUAAAAGUAGAAAAAUUAGGACCCAGAAGAAAAUAAUUAAAUAGUAAAAGCAUAAGUGUGUUCUGUGAAUCGUUUGAUUUCCUUCAAGCCUGUCAGUGAGUUAUGUUUUUGCAUAGUUAGGUGUUUAAUAAAGUUCUAUUAAUCACACUUUGGGGUAUGCUGGCAUUUUAGAGAUUAAGGAAGCAAAAGGAGAGAUUUCACUUAAAACGAGUUUAAGUGGAGUCUCUCAAACAAUUUGCAGAUCAAUUAAACUAAAUGAUACACAUUA